AUGAAAGCAAGCCCGGAGCUCAACGGGAAGCUGAAUCUCAUCGUGACAGCGGACCACGGACGCAACGCGACAUACCUGUAUGAUAAAAUUCAAAACGGAAUCAAAAACGGUAUUCUAAAAAACUGCACCCUAUGGUCCAAGGAGGAUCUGCCGGAACGUUUUCAUAUGAAGCGGAGCUAUCGCAUGCCGCCUGUUUUUCUUCUGGCGGAUACCGGUUAUCUGAUAAACACUCAGAAAAAUCAAUAUACUAGUGACCCAACCAAAAAGGGUAUACGUGGCAAUCACGGUUACGACAAUGAGGACCCACGGAUGCACCCCUUCAUGGUUGCGAUGGGUCCGGACAUCAAGGUGUUGGAGGGAAUUCAACACAUGGAGCAGAUUGACAUCUAUCCCCUUAUCUGCGGCCUUCUGGGUCUACAGCGUCCCAACAGGAUUGACGGCCGUCUACAGCGGGUGGUCCCAUUCAUGAAAACCCCACCCUCGGAGGAGUUUAUGAGGGUUUUCCAAAAGUACGAGACUGGAAUCAUGACGCACAGUUGA